CUCCGUUCCGUUUUAUGUUGCAACGAUUCAUCAGAACCUGUCAAAACAAAACGGACGGACGGACGGCGUUAUUCGGCGUUGUUUAUUACUAGUGUUGUCGUUUGCAGUUUCUCUGUGAUCGAAACCUUCCUCCCACAUUCUGUCACUUGAUUCGAUUCUGUAAUCCAUCGCGCGAAAAUGGCAGCGGAGUUCUCCAAGGCGGUCGCACUCGGGCUCAAGCUCUCCAAGCGAAUCUACUACGGCAAGGAUGCGAUGCCAGUUGUUUCGGCGCCGCCGUGUGUGGAGGAGAUGAAGGCGGAGGAGGAGGAGAAUUAUCUUCCCACGGCGGUGAUGGCGUACGCCGAGAUAACUGAGCCAUCGGUGGUGGAUAAUCCUGAUGUGCCGAGCUACCAGCCGUAUGUCCACGGAAGGUGCGAACCGCCGGUGUUGAUUCCGCUGCAUAUGCAUGGCGUGUCGAUGGAGGUCGAUUGCUAUUUGGACACGGCGUUCGUUACCGUGAGCGGCGCGUGGAGAGUACACUGUGUUGCCGCGAGUAAGAGUUGUUACUGCCGCAUUGCUGUGCCCAUAGGUGAACAGGGUUCAGUUCUAGGUGUAGAAGUUGAAAGCCCUUUGAAGUCAUACCAUACAAAAUUGACUUCGCUGGCAGAUACUGAAGAUGAAGAAAAAGUUUCCAGCAGUAAAGAUGGAUUCCUGAUUAAAGGCCAUAUAUACACUCUGAAAAUUCCUCAAGUAGUAGAAGGUGGGACUGUGCUAUCAAUAAAAGUCAGCUGGACCCAGAAAUUAUUAUAUCAAGAUGAACAAUUUAGCCUCAACCUGCCUUUCACAUUUCCUUCUUAUACCAUUCCUAUGAUAAAGAACUUAGACAAAAAAGAGAAGAUUUUAGUGAAUGUGAACUCUGGAGGUGGAACUGAAAUCUUGUGCCAAAGUACUAAUCAUCCUCUAAAGAGAGUAGGUCCGGAAGCCGUAAAAACAAGAUUUUGUUAUGAGAAAGACAUUUCAUAUUGGUCCACCAAUGACUUCAUCUUUUCAUACAGCAUUUCGUCAAGCGGAAUUGUUGGUGGUAUAUUGUUGCAGAGUCCAUCUCUGCAAGAUCAUGAUCAACGAGAGAUGUUUUGCUUUUAUCUAUACCCAGGGAAAAGAAAAAAUAAUGAGGUUUUCAGAAAGGAAGUGGUGUUUUUGGUUGACAUAAGUGCAAGCAUGCAAGGGAAACCACUUGAGAGUGUUAAAAGAGCUCUAUUAGUGGCUCUCUUGAAGCUUAGCCCAGGCGAUGCUUUCAAUAUUGUUGCUUUCAAUGGAAGUUCUUUAUCAUUUUCACCAUCUUUGGAACCAGCAACAAAUGAAAUGAUAAAAAGAGCUUCUGAAUGGAUUGAAAAUAAUUUUAUAGCUGAAGGUGGCACAAAUAUUGCAGCUCCUCUGAACCAGGCCAUCAGCAUGUUCUCAAAAAGGGGGAAAUCACUUCCCCUCAUUUUUCUCGUCACUGAUGGAGCUGUUGAAGAUGAAAAGGAUAUAUUUGAUUCAAUGAGAGAUCAUCUCAUGAAGGGGUGCUUGACUACUCCACGGAUCUGCACGUUUGGCAUAGGUUCAUACUGCAAUCACUAUUUCUUGCAAAUGCUUGCACAAAUGGGAAGGGGCUACUACGAUGCUGCCUUUGACAUUGAUACGGUCUCCAUGCGGAUGGAAAGGCUAGUCGGUUAUGCAACAUCAAUAAUUCUUGCUGAUAUAUCCCUUGAUGCCUUGAGUGAUCUUGAUUCCCUCGAGAUUUAUCCAUCUCAUCUACCAGACUUGUCCUCAGGAUGUCCAUUGUUCAUAUCAGGAAGAUAUCAUGGAAAUUUUCCUGAGAGUGCUAAAGUUUAUGGUACCUUAGCUGAUGCUACCGAUUUUCAGAUUAAUGUUAAAGUGCAAGAUGCAAAGGACAUUCCUCUUGACAAAGUAUUUGCUAGGAGUCAAAUAAAUGCACUCACAGCCAAAGCUUGGUAUUCCGGGAGCAAAGAAUUUGAGGAAAAGACUACAAAAUUGAGCUUACUCACUGGGGUGCCUUGUGAGUAUACCAGUUUCACCCUAAUCGAGACCGGAAGAGGCAAGGCGAAUCCCAAGUCGAAAACAGAACAAGAGUUGCAGAAGGCUGGCGACACAAAAGUGCGCAACUUAAGCUUCAAAGAGCCUAAGAUUACAUAUCUGCGGAGCCUAGGCAUUGGCUUUGGCAACAGAGCGGCCACGGCUGAAAAUGUACCUCCCGAUGAAGCUGAACCCAAGCUCUAUGAAACAUCAGAAAAGAUAUUCAAAGCUGCAACAGAUUUCUGCGGCAGGAUGGCAGAUAACGUAUGCUGCAUGUGUUUCAUUCAGUGUUGUAACCGGCUGAACGACCAGUGCGCUAUCGCUCUCACUCAGCUCUGCACUGCUCUCGCGUGCUUCGAAUGCAUGUCUCUCUGCUGCGAGGUCUGCUCCGGCGACUAACUGUUUCGAAUAGAAUAGGUCUUAAGCAAACACGAUGAUACAGGUGUGUGGGCAUCCAUGUAUGUAUACUUUGUAACUGCUCUUCUUAUAGGUGCAAUGGAAUGUAAGAUGAGUGAAAAUAUAUGAUUUCUCUUCUAAUUGUAUUGCCAAUGGCCGAGCUAAUUAAGUAAUAAAUAUUAUUAGGUA